AUGUGGCCGGCGUUCCUUGCGACAGCAACGAGCCUCGCGGUGCUUGUGCUAUGGCGCCUCUGGUGCAUCCUCCCGGUGCGUAUCAAAGGCGGCGCGCCACCCGCGCGCAAGCCAUCAACGUCCACAUUCCGGACGCUCGUCGUUCUCGGGUCGGGUGGCCACACGACCGAGAUGCUCGCGCUCAUGAAGCGUCUGUCGCCGACGCGGUAUGCGCCAUUGGCCUAUGUCGUGGCGGCCACCGAUCACACGAGCCGAGAGAAGGCCAUCGCUGAGCGCCAGGCCUCGCCAAAUGCUUUCUUUGAGAUUCCCCGCAGCCGCGAGGUCGGGCAAUCGUGGGUCUCGACGAUCUUCUCGACGGCCAAUGCGUUCGUCCACUGCAUGCAUAUCGUCGUUCGCUACCAACCCGACCUCUUGCUCUGCAACGGCCCAGGGACUUGCAUCCCGCUGUGUGCGGCCGUGCUCCUCUUGCGCUUUCUCGGGCUCAAGACCGACGCCAAGAUUCUCUUUUGCGAGAGCUUUGCACGCGUCGAGCACCUCUCGCUCUCGGGCAAACUCCUCUACUACGUCGCCGACGAGUUUGUCGUGCAUUGGCCGCAGCUCCAAGCGCGAUACAAGGCGUCGCGCUACCUCGGCGUCCUUUGCUAA